AUGAGGGUCCUAGCACCUCCACCUCCGGGUCGGCCAGGAAGCCAUCCCCGGCCCCCUCGACGGCAGGCCCCAGGCAAGGAGGUCGCACCAACGGCCCCAAGAGGAAGAGGAUCUGGUGUUUUGACUGUCGUCGACAUGGCCAUCGACCAGCCGAUUGCCCCAACCCAACAGGGGAAUGGUUCUGCGGGAAGUACCCAUUCCGGAGUCGCGGAACACAGCAUACCCCAGGACGACCUCCAGGGGAUCUCCCCUAUCAACCCGGCAUUCCCUGGUCACCACCAAAAACGUCGAUCACUCGGUCCAACGCCACCAGGACCGAUCUCCAUCUCCCAGAACAGUCCACCUGGACCCGCACCAUUCGGACCAUCUAGGGUCUACAGGUUAUUCCCCUUAUUGGGACCCAAUCCCCGGAGAAGACAGAUGUACCCCUACUACGGGGGUUCAGCUAGCGAGGUCAGGAGAGGUUUCUCAGCAAACCCUCCCCGAACCAACACAGCUCCCUCCACCUCCAAUGGCAUCACCCUCCCAGUGGAGACAGUCGCCGCCAUCAAUAACCUACUAAUGGGCAGGUUGCCACUGGCCAGGGAUCACUCGGAUUACCAGCCAAAGAUCUGA